CAUGGCAAUACAACAGCGUGAAACGUAUGCAUGUAAUAUUAAUAUCACUCUCAUCUUUCGCAGUUCAGUUCAACAGCUUCGCGGGUUCACAAGAAGCAAUAACUUUGUGCAACAAACGUCCAGUAACAUUCAAAUCGUUUAGUUGAUGAUCCAACCCCAGGAAUCUACAGAUCUCCUGCACGAAGUGUUAAGAGUGGAACACGCGGCGAUCCGGCGAAUUUGCGAACUACUAUCACAAGUUCUGCCAAGAACCUGGAUUAUCGUCUUUUCCGAGACGACAUCCUUAAAACUUUUCAUCAGUGUCAGAUCUUUCAUUUCCGUCACUUUUUAAGGUUCAAAUAAUCGAAUCUGAUCGCAAGAUCCGAAAAGUGAAAUUUUCAUCAUUAUCACAAGGUAGAAAAAUGGCUGAAUAUUUGAUUAGCGGUCACACAAGUUACGUACCUGAGGAUGGCCUCAGUGCAAACCAGUUGUUUGUAAGCGGUGAAGGUUUAACGUACGAUGAUUUCCUUAUUUUACCUGGCUACAUCGACUUCACAGCGGACAUCGUCGAUCUUACUUCGGCGCUCACUAGAAAGAUUACUCUCAAGACACCACUUGUUAGUUCCCCAAUGGAUACCGUGACAGAAUCGAAAAUGGCGAUUGCAAUGGCUUUACAUGGAGGAAUCGGCAUUCUCCAUCAUAACUGCAGCGUUGAAUUUCAAGCCAACGAAGUACGCAAAGUGAAAAAGUUCGAACAAGGAUUUAUAAGCGAUCCCAUAGUGCUCAGCCCAAGUAACACUGUGCGUGACGUUAUGGAAAUUAAAAAGAAACAUGGCUUUUCCGGAAUACCGCUAACAGAUACUGGUCUUCUUGGCGGUGUCUUGGUUGGAAUUGUCACAUCACGUGACAUUGAUUUUCUGGCUGAGCAUGAAUAUGAUUUGAAGCUGGACAAAGUCAUGACACCACGAGAUCAGCUGAUUGUGGCCCAGUCCGGAUGCAGCCUGAAAGAGGCCAAUCAAAUCCUACAGAAAAGCAAAAAGGCGAAGCUUCCCAUCGUCAAUGAUGAAGGAGAGCUAGUGUCGCUUAUGGCACAUACAGAUUUAAAGAAAAACCGCGAUUUUCCACUGGCAUCAAAAGAUGGGAAAAAACAACUGUUAGUCGGAGCUGCCGUAGGCACGCGUGAGGAAGAUAAACGUAGAAUUGAGGCUCUUGUUCAAGCUGGGGUCGAUGUUGUUGUGCUGGACUCGUCCCAAGGAAACUCUGUCUUCCAAAUUAACCUUAUAAAGUACAUCAAAGAGAACUACCCGAAUCUGCAGGUGAUAGCCGGAAAUGUUGUGACCGCUGCUCAGGCAAAAAACCUGAUAGACGCAGGCGCGGACGCUCUUCGAGUGGGAAUGGGAAGCGGGUCAAUUUGUAUUACACAAGAGGUUAUGGCAGUCGGUCGGCCCCAGGCCACAGCUGUAUUCCGGGUGGCAGAGUAUGCGCGAAGGUUUGGGAUACCUGUGGUUGCUGAUGGUGGAAUUAGAAAUGUUGGUCACAUUUUAAAGGCGCUUUCUCUUGGAGCAUCAACUGUCAUGAUGGGUUCGCUCCUGGCGGGGACCACAGAGACACCCGGAGAGUAUUUUUUCUCGGAUGGUGUUCGACUAAAGAAGUAUAGAGGUAUGGGCUCACUGGACGCGUUGGAGCAUGGAUCAAGCCAAAGUCGUUACUUUGUAGAAAGCGACAGACUGAAAGUGGCGCAAGGGGUGUCUGGAACGGUGCCAGACAAGGGAAGUGUCCACCGCUUUGUUCCAUAUCUCUACGCGGGUAUUCAACAUGGUUGCCAAGACAUGGGUACCAGGAGCCUCUCUGCCACUCGAUCCAUGAUGUAUAGCGGUCGACUUAAGUUUGAAAAAAGGACUCCGUCGGCGCAAAAGGAAGGAGGCGUCCACGGCUUGCAUUCAUAUGAAAAAAGGUUAUAUUGAUGGUCAGUGAAUCUUGUGAAUAUACCGCGUGACAUUGCUGGAACCUUGCGUGACAAGUGCUUGCGACGUAACUUGUACGUGUACAGUGUACGAACGGUCCUCUUCAAAAGUCCUCUAUUGUGGUGACACAUAUUACAAUUGUGUAAUGCUUAAGCACCUUUCCUUGGUUUCGAAAGUUACCCUAUAGAG